ACUAAACAAAGCUCUUUGUAUAUUACUGCAAUACACUUUUGCACAAAAUUAUAUGCAAAGGAGUGCUUAAAUAAAAAAGGGUGCAAAGGGAGUUUCAAGAAAGAUAAAAUAGAAUGACCAUCGUUUUCAAGGCUCUUAUUCUUCUGCUUCAACUCUUUUCUUUCUCAGAUUUAUUUAUUGGGAUUCAUGGUAUUGGAGUUGGAGUUAACUAUGGUCAGAUUGCAGACAAUCUUCCUCCUCCCUCGAGGGUUUCCUCUCUGCUUAAGUCUCUCAACAUAAGUAGAGUGAAGCUUUAUGAUGCUGACCCAAAGGUGUUGUCUGCUUUUUCGAAUUCGAAUGUUGAAUUCAUUAUUGGACUUGGGAAUCAAGACCUUCAAGCUAUGGGUGACCCUGUGAAAGCCCAAAAUUGGAUUCAAGAAAAUGUUCAACCACACCUUAGCCAGACGACGAUUUCUUGCAUUUUCGUCGGGAAUGAGGUGUUAUCAGGAGAGGACAAUCAGUUGAAAUCUUACCUUGCACCUGCCAUGCAAUCAGUGUAUAAGGCACUUGGUAAUCUUGGCCUGAACAAAAAGGUAUUAGUAACAACAGCUCAUUCAUUUCAAAUCUUGGGUAAUUCCUUCCCGCCAUCCUCAGGGACCUUCCGUGAAGAUCUUGCUCAAUAUAUGCAGCCAAUUCUUGCAUUUCAUUCGCAGACCAAUUCGCCAUUUCUUAUUAAUGCAUAUCCCUUUUUUGCAUACAAAGACGAUCCAGACCACAUUUCUCUUGAUUACGUUCUAUUCCAGCCUAAUGAUGGGAUGAAGGAUCCUGGCACAAAUCUUAAAUAUGAUAACAUGUUAUAUGCACAAAUUGAUGCCGUUUAUGCAGCAAUGAAAGCAAUGGGUCAUACAGACAUACCAGUUCAAAUUUCUGAGACGGGGUGGCCUUCUAAGGGGGAUGCUGAUGAGGUAGGAGCUUCAGUUGAAAAUGCCGGGAUAUAUAAUAGAAAUUUGAUGCAAAGAAUUGCAGAAAGACAAGGGACUCCAGCUAGACCAUCAGUACCAAUUGAUGUUUAUGUCUUUGCACUUUUCAAUGAGAACUUAAAGCCUGGACCGGUAUCGGAAAGGAACUACGGGCUCUAUUAUCCUAAUGUUAGUCCUGUGUAUGACAUAGGGCUACAGAGUAAUGUGGGUAAUGAUCCCGGUAGUGGUUAUCCGCGUAUUGAUUAUUCAGCUUCUCAUAAGAACGUAAGCAACACAUUGUUGUUUUUAGUUUUAUCCCUCCUCUGGUGUUCAUUUCUGUCAAAUGUACUUGCAAUCGGUUAAGGAUCUUGUUCUCAACUUUCUUGUAAACAUUGACAAAUUUUUUUAGUGAUUUUAGCUCAAAAAUUUCUCCUCA